AUGAAUGUUGUGUUUACUAGCAACCCGUCUUUAACUCCUGCAUCUCAAUCUCUGGGCGCCAAUGCCAACGCCAGCAAUCUGGAAUGCCAAGGGGACACGGACCCAAGGGCCAAGAAACGCCUGCAGAAUAGGGUUGCCCAGCGAAGUUACCGGCGUCGUGUCAAGUCUCGUAUUGCCGACCUGCAAAAGGAGGUGGCCCAGUACGAAGAUGCAAAUUCAUCAAAAGAGGGUCCAGAGACUGGGGAGCAACCUUGUCCUGCUGAAGGUUCUGUUCAUCAACGUAUAUCAUAUAUGUCGCCCGAAACAAACAACCGGGGAUCGACUAAAGGCUUGCCCGAAGCUCUUCGCUCCCGUUCAAACCGAGAAAAGAGCCAAGAGAGUUCUACUCACAAGGGUUCGGAUUACAUCCUCUCCCCAGCAAGUUCUCUCGCUCCUGGGAGUGGGAUCUCAGGCCCUCCUGUGAUCAAAGCAGUAAGGUCUUAUCAACAAGUUGGACCAAGCCGCGAGAUACAGCAAAGUAGCCAUUCAGGCCUCGCAACCGAUCCUCAUGAAGCCAAUGGAUAUCUCCAUCAAGCGCAUUUUGACGAUCUUACGGUGAACCAGAACACCAGUUCAGCCACUUUGCACUCCUUACCUACAUCGACUUUCGAUACGGCUACAUCUCAUCCCCCAUUCAUCACUGAUGACCUUGAGGCAGAAUUAGAUCUUGGAUGGAUGAUAGCAGACACAAACUUGGAGGGACAAAAGUCAUGCUCCUGCGAUAAAUCACCAGACCAAAACCCAAGACCCUCUUCAACUAACUCCAAUUCACUAAAAGCCCAAUCAUCCACCACAAGACUACCAAGCUACGCCUCAUCUUCCCGAUCACCAGCAACCGUGCCCAGAGAAUCACUGAACGCAAGAUUCCAGAAUAUCAUGGAAUGCGUUGGUGCAAUGGGUUUCGAAAGCUUUGACGAUCUAGUCACGUCAUACUAUGCCGACGAGUUUGAAGAAGCGUCCAAGCUCUUCCACGAACAGCGAUUCAGCAGGAUCAGAAGACUUCCUGGAGUUUUUGCCGAGAUUCUGGAAGGUGCAAGAAGAUGGGAGCCUUCAGAGCGUCGUGGCCUCGGUGAAGAGGUUCUCAGGGAGGCUGAAACGGUUCUCAUGCUUGAGAACAGCGUAGCCUGGCAAUCAUUACAGUCAAUCACUGAUGCAGCUAUUACCAAGGACGAUAUCUCUACUGAGCAGGUAUAUCAAAGUCUCAGUACAGUCCUACCAACGGAGAUGCCUAAUCUUUGGACCUUAUUGAUGGCACUUGUAGCAUCCGACUCUCCUGCAUGGCAGCGAGAUUGUUCUGGUACAGCUCUGGCAAUUACUUCACUAUUGCAUUUCACAGGUCGGAUACCAAAAGCUAAAAUGUUAGAGCUGAUAGGUCUUUGCAUUUCAUAG